AUGUCUGGGAUUGCGAAAAUUAGUACAAAGAUUAAAACCGCGGACAUUUCAUUUUUACAAAAAGCAUUUUUUUCUAAUUUUCAGAAAAAUUCGAAUUCACAUGAUUCAUUUCUAUCUGAUACUUUAGUUCAGAAUAUACCUCAAAAGCCUUGUGAAAAAAAAUUAAUUUUAAGCGAAAAUGACCCAACAUUCGCGUUCGAUUUUGAUCACAUUAAUAUUCCAAAUAACUCGGAUAACAAAUUACCACUUAAUGGAAUAGAACCUUCAGAGAAUGAACCUAAAGGAGCUGACGAGUAUACACUUAAUGUUGGCAGGGCAAUUCGGACAUUACGUUCUGAACUCUCUUCAUUUUUUGAACAAGGUCUGAAAGACACAUCUAUUUAUUCACAAAACAUUCUUUUAUCGGAUCCACAUCACACUAGACUACAUGUACGCGGGAAACAUGUAUAUAUGGGCAUCGCUAAUUUAUUAAGAUGGAGUUUGAUUUGGUAUUUUGAUGAUUUGACGUUAGAAAUAUCGAAGAUUAAUGUAGUUGGAAACAAUACAGUAGAAGGAAAUGACCCUGGGCAAGAUAUUUAUUUUAAAGGCGAGAUUUUUAAUGUUUCAUUAGAUUGGAAGAGUCAGAAUGAUAAUAAGUUAACGCUUCCUAAAGAUACAAGUUAUAAACUUAUCCCUUUACCAACUUUAUUAGCAUAUUCUACAUCAUCCUUACAACCUUCUGAUAGAAAUACUCGACUUUUUAUUCGUUGGACACUUGAAGGUACUCCUCGAUCAUAUUAUAUUUCAUCAAUGUUGUCUUCUCACAGUACUAGAAUUCCACGAUCAACUUUUUCUGGUAUUUUCAUGUAUAAAUUUGAUUCUAAAACUGGAUUAGUAUCAGAACAUCACGUUAGACAUAUUGUACCAGCACCAAGUCGCAGGGCUGUAUUAUAUCAAGGUUUUGGUGGACUUGGAGGAUUACUGUGGAGAAUUAGAAGUGGAAUGAGACAACAAAAGAAUGAAUGGGGAGUUGGUUUAGGGAUGUUGGCCAAUGAAUUUUCAGAUUUUUAUCACGUUAUUAUCAUGUGA